GUUGCAGUCAGUGUUUCCAGCUGGUCUGGCUUAGGAGUAGGUAUCCACCAUCGAAGGAUACCUUAGCACUUCUUUUUUUUUUUUUUUUUUAAGCACUCAGACCUUUUUGUUCGUUUCUUUGUAAAGAUGUCAUUUUCUUGUAACCAUUCACUGUACGGCAGCUUUCCUCCGUCUCCAGCGGAGGACAGGGGUUCAAAGCGGCUGUCCUGGGGCAGACUUCUGCAGAGGCUGACUGAGCUGAAGGGGGUCAAUCAGAGGCAAGCAGCGGAUCAGUGCAGCAGGAGCGAAACUGGAUCUGUGGCAGACAUGUCCCUGUCAGAAUCAGACAGCAGUUUCUUCUGUUAUCCCCUGGAGGAGACCCUGGCUGCUGAGGUUGUAGCAACAAUAACACAAAGUCUCAACGAUGCAUCACACAUCCUGGGCUGCUCCAAACUCAUCUUACUUGACUGUCUACUGCACCAUAUCAGCAAGGAGCUGCUACACCUGGCUGCCAGCGAGCCUUGCGGCCUCAGGGGGGCGCUCAUCGACCUGUGUGUGGACAGGGGGGAGCAGGGCUCCCUUUGUACUGUGGACCAAAUAGCAGUAGAUGCCACCCUGGUCCCGACCUUCCAUGUAACCCUGGUACUGAGGCUCGAGUCCAGCGGAAUGUGGCCAAAGUUUCAGAAGCUCUUUAAAGGUAGCAAGUCACGACAGACUUCUGAAAGGCACCGAAACACUCAUACGCUGAGUACGAGCUUUAGAGCUAUCAAGAGGAAACUGUACUGUUCAGGGGAGCUGCUGAUUGAGGAGUGCUGCUGACUAAGCGCUCCUGUCCCCGAUUAGCUGAACUCAAUGCAUAUGUAGGCUACUGUGAACGGAGGCUGGUGGGUUAAGCAUGGUCUUUUUUAAGACUAUAUCAUAGGGCUCCAAAUGGCACUAAGAAGAUGGUCCUGAACUAGCAUGGACCUGUCUUUGUUGGUGUAGUAGUGUAUCAAGGUUUUCCUGAAACCAACUUCAUGGCAGCUACUCGCCUGGUUACAGUAAAGAAUCAUGUUUAAACAUGGGUCAGUUUCUUUCCUAUAAAUGUAAAAUCACAUCCAUAAAGGAAUGGCUUACCAUAUGUAUUUGAUAGUCAAAUAUGACCUGAAACUUAUGUAUUUUCCAACAACCUAAAGUACAUGAACAAAUAAAUAUAUAUAUAUUUUUAAU